CACUGGGUGGGCGGAGUCGUUUCCGGUCGCUCUCCAGUCAAGUCACCACGGGUCCAGAAAUCUGACGCCCAUGAGCAGGCGAGGCGCUAACUCAGAGCCUAACGCCUCUGCUUAUGGCAGUUCUGCCCGAACUUCCUCAGACUCGUCGGCUUCCUGGUGCUCCAGCCCCCUCUAGCCGCCUAGUUUUGUUCCCUUUUCAGCACCCCCUCGCCCGAGCCCUCCGCCAUUAUGUAUGAUCGCGCUCCCCGCGUGCUCAAAUUGGCCGAGGGCGGCAGCACUGAGGCCCGUGUGGGUCCUGGCUCCUACCAGGUACCUUUCCCGAAGCAGCGGGCGACAGGUGGUUUUGCUCCGUUUCUUUCUUCGGCAACCAGAGAAAGUGCUUUUACUGUUGCCUCUACCACAGAGACAGUGGCUCCAGGUCCAGGACACUAUAAUGUUUCAGAAGCACAGUACAAUAUAAAAGGAGGCCAUAGUCUACAAAACCGGGAGAAACGCUUUAAGAAGUUUAUUUCAGAUAAUCCAGGACCAGCGAGCUAUGAUCAAGAUUAUCCUAAAAGACUGGGUAUCAUGAACAGAAAAGUACUAGAAGCAAGAGAGCACUUUCAAUCAAAAAUUUCAAGAGCACUUACAGUUACCAGACAUUUUGAUGUUCCUUCAAUACCUUCUUAUGGACAGUCAUAUGGCUAUCAUAUUAAUGAGGAUGGCAGUAUCAUAAAGUGUUUUCCACCGGAUAAUGACAGCACACUAGGUCCAGCAUAUUAUAAACCUCAAUUUGGUGUUUCCAAUGCAACUUUGAAAUACAAAGGUAUACAUUUUGGCAACUCUUCAGGAAGACGAGAAUUAACUAAAAAGUCAGGUCCUGGUCCUGGACAGUAUGAUAUAAUCCAGGAAAAGACAUUACGUUGUGAAAAUAUUAACAUCAAGAAAGAUCAGCAACAAAAUUUUUGCUCAUUUAUCCCACGAUUUUAUGAAGUAAUAAUAUUGCAAGAGGAAAAAAAGGGAGUACCAGGGCCUGGAAGAUAUGACAUUAAAAGUCAAUUUCAGAAGACUGAGAGUGUGACAAAUGUAAAUGAUGCAUCCCCUGCUUUUCUCUCUCAAUCUCAGAGAUUUGUACCUGUAAAAUCCAUCACUCCAGCUCCCGGCACGUAUAAUGAACCUCGAACUGCUCUCAAGUCCUUGAAGAAAACAUCAGGAUUGAAAAAUUCCCCAUUUGGUCAAAGUACUGCUCGAUUCACAGAGGACUCUAAAACAGUGGAAAUGCCAGGUCCUGGGUUUUACAAUGUCUCAAACAAUACUAUAAUUGCCAGUGUUGGAAAGACUUGGUUGAAGAAACCAAAGAAAAGUGCAUUUGGUUCUUCUGCUCCUCGGAGUUCAUUCCAGGUUCAGAAGGAAGCUUGUGCUACUACUGGUCCCGGACCUGCCGACUAUCAGGUCCGUGGAAUUUCUGAUGAAUUACCUAACUUGACUAACCGAUAUGCUGCUUUCUUGUCAAGAACAGAAAGAGCUAGUAAAGUACCAGAUGUGGUGAUUCCAGCACCAGGCAGCUAUGAUGUUCAAAAAUCAUAUGAGAUGUCCCAAGUUAAACAUAAGUACAUGCCACCUCGUAGUUCAGUGGCUAAAAGAAAACAUGCCUCUUUUCUUAGUGCAGCUCCUCGAUACCUGGAAAAAGUGACUGACGAUGGGCCAGGACCUGCUGCGUACAAUCCUGUUUUAAGGAAAUCUUGCCCUAUACCUGUAUUUGUUAGAACAUCAAAGCGGUUUGAAGAUUCCAGAGAGAUUACUCCUGGUCCAGCAGCAUAUGAGCUCAGUCCAUUUUUAAGACAUUCUGUUCUGAAGGGGACAUUUAAUGUCACUCUACAAAAUCCUUUCCUGAUUGACAGAGAAAACACUCCUACUAUAGAGCAAAAAGCCAAACAAAACCACCCAGGAAUCAAAAUAGAAUCUUCUAAAUGAUGUAUUCCAAAGGUAAUAUCUAUUACUAUCAAGGGAAGCUGGCAGUUUUCUCACAAAGAAGUAACUUCCAUUUUGAUGAUGUCCUCCAUCAGCUGCUCAAAGGAACAUAAUAGCUCUUCCAACCUCUAGAGAGGAAAAUAGGUCUAUUCUUUUGAGACAUUUAAUUAUCUUUCUUCACCUCAAAUUUUUCUAUUACAAAAGCACUAUGUGUGUACAUAUAUGUGUGUGUGUGCAUACACACACACACACACACACACACACACAUACGUUCAUUUCAUUCUUUCUAAGCUUAUGCUAUUGACGUUUCUGUAUAAAAUACAAUGCUGAAUAAAGAGAUCUAAUGA